AUGCCAGAAUCAACAACAUCUCCUCCUCACACUUGCAACUCCGUCAAAUACAAGUUUCAAGAUGGUGGGUCCCAGGUAAUAGCAAAAGGCGGCGUGCAUCCUUAUCAGUUACCUGUGUUUGCCAAUAAGCUCGAAGAAAGAGAAUGGAGCAAACAGCACAUGGCUGGUGCGUUUAGAGUGUUUGCAAGAAAAGGGUAUACUGAAGGAACAGCAGGACACAUAUCAAUUCGUGAUCCAGUCGAUCCUCUGACUUUUUGGAUUAAUCCUCUUGGUAAACAUUUUGGACUCAUCAAAGCUAGUGAUUUAGUCCAUGUUGACCACAACGGUGCAAUAUUACCCGAUGGUAACCAAUGUGCUAUUAAUGCAGCGGGGUUUGCUAUACAUAGUGCUGUUCACAAGCAUCGACCAGAUGUUCAUGCCGCAUGCCAUACCCAUUCAACUUAUGGAAAAGCAUGGAGUUGUAUGCCUGGUGGCAAACAGUUGGCAAUGAUUAAUCAAGAUGUUUGUACCUUCUACAAGAGCCAUUCAGUUUAUGAGGAUUUUGGCGGUGUUGCAUUAGAAGCAGAAGAAGGUGAGAAAAUUGCGCAAGCCUUGGGGCCAGUGGGGAAAGGUAUGAUUUUGAGUAACCAUGGGCUCUUAACUGUAGGAUCUACUGUUGAUGAAGCAGCUUAUCUUUUUACCUUGUUGGAGAAAAGCUGUCAGGUACAACUCGUGGCACAAGCAGCUUUAUUGCCUGGUGAGAAGUUCAAGUUGAUUGAUGACGAAGUAGCUAGAUACUGCGAGCAUCACGAUGGAAGUCAUGAGAUGUUGUAUACUGAGUUCCAACCUGAUUUGGAAAUGGAACUCUACUUUAAUGAUGAUUUCAUGCAAUGA